ACUCUUUGUAGCGGUAGCGGCGGUCUCUGUUAUUGGUGUUUUUUCCCUCGACAUUUCCAUGGUAACUGUCCUGUCUGCUUUGAAGACCUAAAUAGUGCCGUGUGUAAGAAUGGAGAUGGAGGAGAAAAACCCGGACCCAAAAUAUGGAGAGUCCAGAAAGUUUGAUCCAAGUUUCAAAGGACCAAUCCAAAACAGGGGCUGCACUGACAUCCUCUGCUGCAUCCUCUUCAUCCUUGCCUUAUUGGGCUACUUCGCUGUGGGUAUCCUGGCCUGGUCCCAAGGUGAUCCCAGGAAGGUGAUCUACCCCACUGACAGCAGAGGGCAGUUCUGUGGACAGGCUGGGACGCCCCUCGAGAAAAAGCCAUUUUUGUUCUAUUUUAACAUCCUAAAAUGUGCCAGCCCCUUGGUUCUGCUGGAGUUUCAGUGCCCCACCACACAGCUCUGUGUGGAAAAAUGUCCCGACAAACAUUUAACACUGAUAAAAGCCAAACUUAUGGGCGAGCAUGAAUACUACAAACAGUUUUGUAAGGAUGGAGUGGACUUCACUAAGAGUCCUCCUGAGAUCCUGAGGGACGGCUUAUGUCCUGCCAUGCUGUUGCCAAGUAAACCCUUCACGCGGCGCUGCAUUCCUGCUUUGGGAACAUUGAAAGGGGGAAUUGUUGUCGUGGGCAACGAGACCAGUUUUGACACUGGAGAAGGAACCAGCGUUAAUGCCACUGACGUGCUGGAGGCGUCAAAGAAGUCAAAUGUGGUUGUUGAAGCCCGUCAAGUAGCAAUGAGAAUCUUUGAAGACUACACCCAAUCGUGGCACUGGAUACUGCUUGGACUGGUGAUCGCUAUGGUCGUCAGCUUAAUCUUUAUUGUGCUGCUGCGAUUUCUGGCUGGAAUUAUGGUCUGGGUCAUGAUUAUCUUGGUCAUUCUCGUCAUUGGUUAUGGGAUUUUCCACUGCUACAUGGAGUUUGCCAAGCUGAAGGGCGAGCCAGGAUCAGAUGUCACUAUUCGAGAUCUGGGCCUCCAAACUGACUUUUCCGUUUAUCUACAAAUCAGGCAAACAUGGUUAGCUUUCAUGAUAAUCCUGUGUAUUGUUGAGUUCAUCAUCAUUUUGCUGCUCAUAUUCUUGAGAAAAAGACUGCUUAUUGCAAUCGCCCUCAUCAAAGAAGCGAGCAGAGCCGUAGGCCAUGUGAUGUCCGCUCUGUUCUACCCACUGCUGACCUUUGCCCUUUUGGCUGUGGUAAUCGCAUAUUGGGCCAUUACUGCCGUAUUCUUGUCCACAUCCAAUGAGCAAGUGUACAAAGUAUUCAAUAACUCAGAGUGUGAAUAUGCACGAGAGACUUGUGACCCCAAGACUUAUAACACAUCAAACGCAUCACAGCAGUGUCCGGAUGCUGAGUGCCUCUUUGCUUUUUAUGGUGGCGAGACCCUGUAUCACAGAUAUCUCAUCCUGUUCCAGUUCUACAAUGUCUUCCUCUUCUUCUGGUGUGCCAAUUUUGUAACUGCCCUGGGACAGGUGACUCUGUCUGGGGCUUUUGCUUCAUAUUACUGGGCCUUUAAGAAGCCGGAGGACAUCCCUGCAUACCCCAUUUUCUCCUCACUGGGACGAGCGCUAAGAUACCACACGGGCUCCCUGGCUUUUGGCUCUCUCAUAUUGUCUAUAGUCCAGAUUAUCAGGGUCAUUCUGGAGUAUCUGGAUCACAAACUGAAGGGGGCUCAAAACAAGUGUGCCAAAUUCAUGCUGAGCUGUAUGAAGUGCUGCUUUUGGUGUCUCGAGAAAUGCAUCAAGUUCUUAAACAGGAACGCUUACAUCAUGAUUGCCAUCUAUGGGAAAAGCUUUUGUACUUCUGCUAAAGAUGCAUUCUUCCUCCUGAUGAGAAAUAUUGUCAGAGUGGCUGUUUUGGACAAAGUCACAGAUUUUCUGCUAUUUCUUGGAAAGCUUCUUAUUGUUGGAAUUGUUGGAAUCUUCUCUUUCUUUUUCUUUUCUGGGAGAAUUAGAGCAAUUGAAGACGCUGCUCCAUCUCUCAACUACUACUGGGUCCCGAUACUGACGGUUGUUGUGGGGUCCUACCUCAUUGCCCAUGGAUUCUUCAGUGUGUACGCCAUGUGUGUGGAUACGCUCUUCCUCUGCUUCUGUGAAGAUUUAGAACGAAAUGACGGCUCCUCAGACAGGCCCUACUUCAUGUCGCUAGAGUUGCAUGAGAUUUUGUCGAAAACUGUGAAGGCGGAGGAGGAGCAUGAUGGCGUUGAGGAGAUAGAAACCGCCAAAAAUCUGGAGGAGGUCAAAUGUGAAGAAGAGACCCCUCUACAGCAACAACAAGAUGGAGAAAUCCAGCUUAAGCAACAAACAGUGCUCACGCAGGAAAAUGAGGAAGAGCAACCCCUACAGGCCAAUGCUGAAAACAACGCUGAGGAGAGCAAAGUGGUCCAAAAUGAUAUCCAAGCCAACGAGAUCGAACCAGAGCCAGAUACUAAGGAAUCAGAGGAAAAACAAGAGGUUAAAACUGAGGAAAAGACUGAGGAAGCCCCUGCCCCAAAAGAGCAGGUUAAUACAGAGGAGGUAGUCGACAAGAAAGAUGAAGAUCCCAAGCAAGAAACUGAUGCAACUGCCACUCCUCCACAAGAAUAGCAAAAGCAAAAGCACAAGAAUUAAACAAAAACCUUUAGUGGUAUGGACCUGUUCAAUGUAUGGCAAAUAAGUUUCAGAUUGGCCUUUUGCUUUGUGAGUGUUGUACUGUCCCAGCUGAAGAAAUGGACUAACCGUGAUGAGUAAAGCAGGUUUCCAUAAAAGCCCAGUGCAUCUCUGUAGCUUGAAAAAUGCUUUUGUGGGUU